UGUCAGAUGUUCUUGUCACUGUUUGCUUUGAGAACCUGCAAAGCAAUCAGAUGUCCGUGAAUCCUGAUUGGUCGGGCGAUGAUUGACCUGACGAGUCAGAUGUCUCAGAGCAUGUCAUGGUUGAAAUUGGACGCCAUCAGUCAGCGCGCAACAUUCAGCAACAGUCAGCAAAGAUGAAACGCCUGAUUCUCCUCGCCUGUUUCACUUUACUCUGUUCAGCUUCAGAUCCGGAUCCGGUGGUCAACCCCAGAGGCGCUCGACCCGUCGAGCCCGGGACCCGGUCUGAAAAAUGUGACCCUCAGAAGGACUGGCCUUUCUGCACCGAUGAUGACUGGGGUUAUAAAUGUCCAUCAGGCUGCAGGGUUCAUGGUCUGUUGGAGAAGUACGACCACAAACUUUUGAAGAAAAUCCAGGAGAUCCGCCAUCUCUUGGAACAGAACCAGGCCAAGAACCAAAACACCAACAAAGUGACCAAAGACACGUAUGACUACCUGAAGGAAAAACUCAUCUUAGACUCUGGUACUGACCAACGUUACCACAACCUGGCCCAGACUCUUCGUCAGCGAAUCACAGAAAUCAAGAUCCAGAUUGACAGACAGCUAAGAAUCCUGGCAGCGCUGAAAAAUCGGGUCAAAGACCAGGUCGUGGACAUGCAGAGGCUGGAGGUUGAUAUCGACAUUAAGCUACGUGCCUGUAAAGGAUCUUGUAAGGUUUAUUCUGAAUUCCAAGUGGACAUGGAGAGCUAUGUAGUACUGGACAAACAGGUAAACCAGUUUGAUAACCAGGCAGCUCAGAGCAUUCAAUCUGUUGGAACAUUGUACGUGAUGAAGAGCCAAGUGGUGGACAAAGAUCAAAGUGCGGGGAGCAGCAUUUUCAAGUCCUUGGACGUUGACGGUGGAGCAGUUGGACAGCAGACGCCAGAAGUGUUUAAUGAUGUGAAAGCCCUCAAACUCACCCUUGAGGCUGAAGGCUCCAUUUCAUCUCCUGCAACUGUCUCCAAGGACCCAGGUACUUCCCACUCUUCAUCUACAUCCUCAACGUUCUCCACAUCCCCCUUCUCCUCCUCCACCACUAGCUCCUCCUCCACUUCAUCUGGGUCCAUCACUGAGCUCUCAUCUGGCAUCAGUAAUUUGUUUGAUUUUGAUGGAGGGAUUGAAGCCUUUAACCAGCCUGCGACAACAUCCAUAGACAGCUCCAAAUGCACCAAGACCGUGAAAAAGAUCAUUAUCCACACGGACCAUGGGCCAGUGGAGAAGGUGGAGGAGGUGAUAGAGGGAGGCCCGGAGUGCCAAGAUGUGGACUUCUCUAAGACAGGAAUGGGCACUAUAUUUCCCUUGGGGGGCCAGUCUUCAUCCACUUCAUCUUCUUCCUCAACCAAAACCGUCCACUACAGUGACACCAAAGGAAGCAUCACCGAGGAUACCAAAUCAGGACUUGGAAAUCCAUUUGACCUUGGAGGGUUCUUUAGCGAUGCCGUAGAAGACGAUGUUCCAGACGCCCAAGCCCGGGGGACGAAGUCUGUGCGUGUCGAGCGGCAGGUCAAUUAUGUGGGAAAAGAUUGUGUCGAUGUCCAGCAGAAACACCUGAACGGGGAAACAAACGGCCUCUUUAAGAUCAAACCUGGAGGCUUGAACUCCACAAAGGUAGUGGAGGUUUACUGCCAGCAGGAGGGUCUUAUGGGUGGGUGGUUGUUAGUCCAGCAGAGAGACGGUGGUACUCUCAGCUUCAACCGCACCUGGGUCGAGUAUCGUGAUGGGUUUGGGUCAGUUGACGCGCAGAGCAAUGGGGAGAUGUGGCUAGGCAACCAGAACAUUCACCUCCUGACCAACCAGAGUGAGACCAUGCUGAAAGUGGAGCUUAAAGAUUGGGAAGGAGGCGUGGCCAGUGCAGAGUACGUGAUCAGCGUUGGCUCAGAGGCGGAGGGGUUCCCGCUGCACGUUUCCGGGUACAUUGGGGAUGCCGGGGAUGCUCUAGUGGAAGGCAUCCCUAAAUUGGCGUCUUUCCUGUCACACCAGAAUAUGAAAUUUAGCACGUUUGACAACGACAACGAUAACUGGGAGGAGAAUUGCGCUGAGAUGUACGGGGGUGGCUGGUGGUACAACAACUGCCAGUCAGCUAACUUGAAUGGGAUGUAUUACAAAGGCAAAUACGAUCCAGAUACCAACACGCCGUAUGAGAUUGAGAAUGGAAUCGUGUGGGUAACAUACAAACCAGCUGAUUACAGCCUGAAAACUGUGAGGAUGCUCAUCAGACCGACAGAUUUUUAACAUUGAAAAACCUGCGGUCACCUGAAAUCUGCGCUAAAUUUUA